AAGUCACCCCUCCUACCUCCUCCUCACUCUUCCCCCCCCCCUCUCUCUUCUUCUCAACUCUCUCAACUAGGCAAUUCAAAAAGAUCUACUCUACUCUGCGACUUUCUAGUCCGGAAACUCUGUUCCCCGGCUUGCACUGUUCGCUCAAUACCGUUUCUAAAAUAAUUUAUAACGUUUGUCAGCUUGAAUCAUGGUACUCUAGUCUAAUUCGUUGCCGCUAGAGAGAUAGAGAGGGAACCACUACCAAAUAAUUAUAUGGGAACGGCGGCGAGAGAUCAAGAUCGAUAAUAUCUGCGAAAGAGGAACGAGAAACGAAAUACCACGAACCCCGCCACAUAUAAUCCCAACUCAUCCGGUCUGAGAGACUGGCAUGCUCACACCAUCCCACAUCCACCAUCCGUCUUGCGACUGACGACAGAACCACCACCACCCACAGCGCCACGCGCAACCACGACCACGACCACCAUGUCUCCCAACCCCAACCAUCACACCUACCCCAUGCACGCCUCCGCGCACCUAAACCACGACCCGCCGCCGCAGAUCUUCGGCUCCUACGCCGCGGACGGCUCACCCAUCCUCACCGGCCUCGAGGGCAUGGGCCUCACCUCUGGGAUGUUCGGCGACGCGGGAACCCUGCUCGACGACAGCAACGAGGCGAAGCGGCGGCGCAUCGCGCGCGCGUGCGACAUGUGUCGGAAGAAGAAGAUCAAGUGCGAUGGCCAGAUGCCCGCGUGCAGCCAUUGCACAAACUACAAGACCGAGUGCGUGUUUACGCAGGUGGAGAAGAAGAGGAGUCCGCCGAAGGGGGCGAAGUAUAUUGAGGGGCUGGAGAAUAGGCUGGGGAGGAUGGAGAAUCUGCUGAGGUUGUCGGGGCUGCUGAAUGAGGAUGAUGGGGGGAGUACGGAUUUGGGGAUGUUGGAGAAACGCUUGGCGAGUCGCGAGUCUGCGAAGAGGGAUGCGAGUCACUUCUCUGAUUCGAUCCCGACGUCGCCGUCGCAGGCGACGACGCUGAGGGGGACGCCGGGCGCGGAGGGUGAGUCCGACAGCCCGAAUAGUGUGCCCACGCCGGGGACGAUGGGGGGGUCGGAGCGGAGGGUGGGGGAGAAGACCGCGGAGGAGGUGGAGGAGCUGUCGGAUUUGAUGUGCUCGCUCGUUACUAAUGAUCAGGGUGAGACGAGGUAUAUUGGGUCGUCGUCGGGGUUCUCGAUAUUCUCGCCCAAGGGAAUACAGUGGGUGAAUGAGAAGACGGGCGAUCAGUCGUUUCAGACUAUGAUCGCGGAGGCGACGGUCGAUGACAAUAAGUGGGUGUACUGGAAGCCGGAGGUGUUUGGUGAUAUCUUCGAGCGGCGCAUAUAUCUCCAGCUUCCGCAGAAGGCAGAGGCGUUGUCUCUGUUGAAGGACUUCUUUGAGAACUUCAACUGCAUGUUCCCUCUCUUCCACCAACCGACCUUCAUGCACCUCGUCGAGCGACAAUAUUCUCGCGACCCAUAUGACGGAUCAGGAUGGUGGGCGAGUUUGAAUAUCGCCCUCGCCAUUGCGCAUCGCCUACGGGUUAUGAGCAAUCUGGUCCCGGAAGAGGAAGACCAGAAGGCGUGGGGUUACCUCAAGAACGCCAUGGCGGUGUACACCGAGCUAACGAUGCGCAACACCGAUCUUCUCAGCGUACAAGCGCUCCUCGGCAUGGCGCUAUUCAUGCAAGGCACGCCGAACCCGCAGCCGUCGUUCCUCCUGGUCGCAUCCGCCAUCAGGCUGUCGCACAGCAUCGGGCUGCACAAGCGCGGGUCGGGCUUCAACCUCAACCCAAUUGAGAUUGAGCAGCGCAAGCGCGUUUUCUGGAUUGGGUAUAUGCUCGACAAGGACAUCUGCCUGCGCUUCGGGCGGCCGCCCGUACAGGAUGACGAUGAUAUGAAUGUGGAGCUUCCGAGCGCGGACCCAGAGGACAACAUCGGUAACAUCCCGCUGGCGGAUGGUAAGGGCAAGGUCAACCUGUUCCGACUAAUGUGCGAGUUCUCCACGAUCGUGAGCAAGGUAUACACCCAGCUCUACUCGACGCGCGCCUCAAAACAGUCAGACGGCGAACUACUCAACACAAUCGGCGAGCUAGACCAGCAGCUCGAGGAGUGGAAAGACAGCAUCCCCAUCGACUUCCGCCCCGAGCACGAAAUCAAGGCAUCGCAUACUCCACUCAUCCUCCACGUCGUCGUGCUACAUUUCGGAUACUACAACUGCCUCACCACCAUCCACCGCAUGUCCAUCCACCACGGCUACUGGACAAGCCGACUCUCCAACUUCGCCAUCCAGGGCCUGAAUUCGCGACCGCUUAACCCGCGCGUCUUCUCGUCCGCGGCGCUGUGUGUAUCCUCCGCACGCGCCUCAAUCCACCUCGUCAAAUACGUUCCCCAAGGCGAUUUCUCUUGUGUCUGGCUAAUCCUCUACUACCCCGUCUCCGCCCUCAUGACCCUCUUCGGCAACAUCCUCCAAAACCCCCAAGACCCCCGCGCCCGCUCCGACGUCCGGCUCAUGAACCUCGUCGUGAACUUCCUCUCCAUGCUCGCCGGCGAAGACGAAAACACAGGCGUAAAACGCAUGCUCGGCGUCUGCGCCGAAUUCGAGCGCAUCGCCCGCGUCGUCCUCGACAAAGCCGAUCGCGACACGACUACGCGCCGAAAGCGCAAGGAACUCGAUGAGGUGCUCCCGAAUCUUAGCGUUAAUAGGCCGCCGAUUGCGAGACCCCCGCCUAGCAGUAGUGCCGGGCAGACCCCGCCGCAGUUUCGGUAUGGGGAUGUGACGUCGUACUCGGCUGCGGAUGGGAGGGGGGGUGGGCAGGCGCAGGAUAUGAGUUGGAUGUCUGAUGCGGGGUUCCAUGAGAUCGCCACGGAUUUCGAACAUCUGUCUAAUGCGGCUGCUGCUGCGGCGGCGGCGGCGAAUGGUGGUGGCGGUGGGGGAGUGCCGUUCCCGGAUAUGAGUAGAUACUUGUCGGGGGCGGAUCCGCAUUCCCCGAUUAACCCGCAGAGCUUCCAGCAGCCGUUUGUGCCGCCGGAUUUGUGGAAUAUGCCUAUGACACUGGAGUGGGAUUGGGCGGAUUUGACGGGCGGUGGGGUGGGGAUGGGUGAUGGUGCUGGGGGUGCUGGGGUUCCGGGGGCGGUGGAGAGGUGAUUGUGAGUUUUGUUGAAAAGGGGGAGAGGGAGGGGGAAGUAAUGUAUUAUAUUAGAGGGCAUGGGAUGGGAUGGGAUGGGAUGGUGUUGGGGAGAGCGGGAUGCUUUUCGUCUUUUCUCUGGCUUCUUUUGGCUUUUGCUUUUUGUUUUCGGAGAGUUUUUGGCUUGGGAUUUUUGACGAGGGUGAGCAUUUGCUCUGUAUGAAUGGGGUUUCCAGGAGAUAUUUAUGAGGGCUGUGGGUAUGAUGGGAUGGGAAACGGAUCUUCACUCAAAUUUUGCUUCGCGAUGGGGGCGAGGUUAUUGUUCGGGGCGGUGUGCUAGGGGGUGGGAGCUGUAGAUGGAGCUAUGAGAAUCUGAAAAUGAUUUUAUACAUACUUACUGCGAGGACCAUACGGGCGUUGACUUGGAAUGAGUGAGCAAAAGUGAGAGACUAAGAGUGCGUGCAUGAG